CAACGACUGGUCAUCGGGCAUCAACUUUGGCGCCGCGCAGCGGUACAACUCGUGCGAGCAUCGGCGUCGGUGUCAUGCGCGUCUGACUGGCUUCAACAGCUGUCUUUGAGCCCUCAGCCCUGACCCUGGUCCUGGGGACCGGUGCAGCAAGCGUGCCGUGGGCGGAUCAGUAAGUCACGCCGUUAUUCACCUUGUCUUCGCUGUGCGCCCGUGUCAAGCCCGCAACCGUUGCCGUCGCGCUACCUCACUCAAUGGCAGAAGAGUGACGCAGCACAUCACGUAGUGCGUGUGUUAGUUGCACGGCAGUGAGGGCGCGAGUGUCGCUGUCGCUCUCACGGUCCUCGAUCUGCAAGUCAUCUCCGCCAGCGGCACCAGCUCGACAUCUCACAUACAUAGCCCCCAACUUGACAUCAUACUUUUCUGACUGACUCGAAAGACGCUUUCAAAAUGUCGACGGAGGCGCCAUCGAAUGGCGCUGCGGAACCUCCCAAGCCGACCACAUCCGAGGCGCCGCCCAAAUUCUCCUGGCUCCAAGCACACCCAGUAUUUGUCAUAAUACUCGUCGGCACCGACGAGCAGCCCUUUGGUAUCCAAAAGGACUUCUUGUGCGACCGCUCCGAGUUCUACCGCAACCAUUUUGCGGAAAAGACGGACAACGAUGCCCUCGAGCACGUCGUUAGGCUGCCCGACUGCUCCAAAGAAGUGUUUGGCCUCGCACAGAACUACCUGUAUACCGGCGUGUUGAUUGCUGAUGAGUCCAACGUGCCGUCGUACGAGUCACUGGUGGGCCUAUGGAACCUCGGCCACAAGCUCGGCGUCGAUGGGCUUUGCGAAAAGACACUCGAUGCCAUGAAGGAGUGCCGCAAACUCACCGAGAGAAUCCCCGCCACACCGCUUCUCAUACAAGUAUGGAGGGACACACCUGAGGGGUCGUCCAUCCGGCUCCUGCUGCUGUCUUGGGCAGCCGAGUACAUGCGGUCUUCCGAUGCUCGUGCGGAAUUUGCCAAAUCCCUGCCACAAGAGGUCUUGAGCGAGCUUGUUGUUGCCAUGAGCUCGUUCGAUGUGUCGCCGGUACCGCACGCACCGGCCGACUUGCCCGCUGUCAAUACUACGCCGGCACUUCCUAGGAAGAACGUUCACUACCUCGACGAGGGAAUCGACGAGGAGAUGCUGAAUAGCAUUAAGAAGAAUAGGAGGACUAGCGGAGCCCCAGGCGCCGUCGCUUCACCGCUGGACCCAGCAGCCGCAGGACGCAGAGCCGCCCGAACGGACCUGCCCAAGACGCAGAAGAGGAGGACUAGCGCUGCCUUGGUGGACGUGCGAAACUUUACGACAGCGCAGAAGCUGGAAUUCUGCGCCGAUCUACUGAACAGGAUGCUUUCAGGUCCAGGGUUUUGGACACGCCUUGUUGGACCGUUCAAAGACCCCGUGGAGCCGGUCGAGGAUGGCGUGCCCGAUUAUCUCGACAAAGUCAAGCGGCCAAUGGAUCUGAGCACGAUUAAGGCCAAGAUGGACCGGCGCGAGUAUCCCAAUGAAGAGGAUUUCGUGCGUGACGUGCGGCAGAUCUUUGACAACUGCUUCACAUACUGGAAGAAGGGUGAUCCGAUGUGGGCCGCCGGGGAGAAGCUGCAACGCACGUUUGAGGAGAAGUUUUCGCACAUGAACAAGUGGAUCGCCAAGAUGGGCGGUGACGAAGGCGAGUGAGCGCCGCGCCUUGUAGCGCGCGAGAAGGGGGUUUCGGUGUGCACGGCGGAUACGACGUUGCACCAAUACGCUGUACCAUUUUUCGAGGCUAAUGCUGUGUGUAUACGGUCCGGCACCGCUGCGGGAGCAGCAUGAAGUCUGUAUGCUGGCAGAUGGGGGCAGAGAGGGGCCUUCAAAAGGAGGGUUUGCCCUCUUGCCGUACCGCAUGAUGAGGAGAGCCCGGACCGAUUGUCGUUGGCGAGGGCCACGGCGGGAAUGUACUACCACUACUGUACAAGGGGUAAUGGCGUGAGGACGCAGGUAUCGCCGGACGCCGGUUGGCGAAGCUGAGGAGAAGGUCUGCUGGGGGACGUAGUUCUGACGCCGCCGUGCGCCAAUCGUUUUUUUACUGCGGUGAUGAAUAGGAUGAGCAUUGGGCCGAGCUUCGUUGGCCUGCCCGGUUGUUGAA